AUGCGCGAGUUAUUACUUGUACGAAAACUAGAAGAAGAAAAUGCAAAAAAAAAUAAGCAAAAUGAGCUACCUUCACCUACUUCACCUGAAAACACAUCCAACAUAGACUCUUGCUCCGAAAAGCCUAUCAAUAAGCAAGUGACGCAAGAGGUGCAUCAAGAUACACACAAUAAUACACUGAACAAUAGUGAUAUUAAUUUGUUGUCAGGAGAGUGUACGCAGAAUAACCCCGAUAUUGUUAAUGUUCAGAAUCAGUCCUCUGCCAACAUUUUAAAUACAGAUAUCCAACAGCAAAUACCUAUACUUCCAGACGACAAUAAUUCAAUACCUAUCCCACUAGAAAAUUCGACUUCUAAUGAUGUUACUUCCUCUGAUAAGUCUAUUCAUUCAGUUGAACUUGUCGAAAAUAUACCCGAUUUGUCUGAAGAAAAGAAACAUGAUGUACUACAAACGAAACGAGAGAGUCUUAAAGUGUUUUUUCUUCAAAAACAACCAUAUAUACAUAAAGACUCUUACAACAAUAAUCCUGCAUUAGAUCCGGAUUUAAUGGAUUUAAUAGGAACUGAGAGCCAAUCACUUUUAUCUCCAAUUUCAAGUAAGCAAAUUAAGGAAGGAAUCAUAAAUUUAUCAGACCCAGAAAACUUGCCAUUAGACAGUUCUAAUCAUCAAACUGAUCAAAUAGAUAGCAAUUUAAAUUUUGACGAAAAACGUCAAAAAGCUGCUGCAGAUCGCGAUUUGCAGAGAAGGGAAUUAAAAAAUUUGAAGAAACAGAGAAAGCGUCAAUCCACUGAGCAGAAUCCUGAUGAUGAUAUAGUUAUUAUGGUACCAACAAAGAAAACUACUACAAAUGAUAAUCCUGAAGAAACACCUACUGUUGUUGUUAAUUCUGAAAGUUCAGAUGAAAAGACUACAAUUACUCGUAUAAAACGUCCAAAAGAUAAAACUUCUUUUGCUGAUUCAGAUACAGAUGGUUCAGUGGAUUUAGAUGCGCUCAUAGCCGAAGGUAGUGACUUGGAUUCUAAUGCAAUUCAAUUGAAUGAUGAUGGUUUGGACGAUGGUGAUGACAGUUUUUGGAAAAUAGAUCCAGCAGAGCUUGAAAAACACUUAUCACCAUCAACAACUCCUUUACGUCGUCCCUCACCAGACCCACAAAUUACACCAACUCUGGCAAUUUCUAACAGACCAGUUAGCAUGAUCGCGGAAGAAGAUGAGAAUUUAAGUGAUACACCUCUCGAAAUUGAUGGUCAAGAAGCAGAUGAUAUUUUUAAUCCCGGUGGAUAUGAUAUGGAAUCAAAAAAUGACGAUGAAGAAGAUCAGUUUGACAUGUCAUUAGACACACAAAUUACUCCAAUUUUGAAACCUAUAUCUCCAUCUCCGGUGCCCUCACCGUACCCAACACUUUCAGGUGGAAAAUCCGGAAUUCCAACCGGAUUACCAAAAACUGCUUUCAGUCCACAUUUUGGUCCGUCUCCUCUUUCUCCUACCUCAUCUAGAGCUUCAUCAGUUGCUGAUCCAGAUGAAUAUGAGACAAUGUCAAAUGGUUCAUAUACUUCGGUUCGUUCUGCAGGAAGUGCAAAAUCUGGAACUUCUGGAAUACGGAGACCGUCAAAUACUUCAGGACUUCGUGCUCCCAGUCGAGCAGGUUCUCAUGCUACAUCUCCUUCAAGGAUGGCUCUUCCUAAUAGAGUUGAUUCCCAUACAUCAAUCCCAUCCCCAGGCCGACAAAGAUCAAUGAGUGUUAUGAGUAAUAGUUCCACUGAAGAGAGCACUACUUCGUCUGUUGAUGCUGUAUCACCUUCACGGAUUGCCUCUCCAACUCGUGGCGUUCGCAUAUAUAGUCCUAUGUCACAGACUAUAACAAGUGGUGGUACUCGUCCAAGAUCUAUAAGUCGAAUAAGCAAUAGUUCUGCUGAAUCAUCUGCUACUAAUGCCUCAACCUCUGGUAUACGAUCAUUAAAUAAAGCUGGUUCGAAUAUUGCCUCUCCUAAAAUUUCAAAUGUAAAUUCGGGCAUUCCGAAUCGUGUUC